GUACAGCUGCGGGCCGACCGUGUAUGACCGGGCGCACCUCGGGCACGCCUGCUCCUAUGUUAGAUUUGAUAUAAUUCGAAGGAUAAUGACUAGGUUUUUUGGAAUUGAAGUUAUUAUGGUGAUGGGGAUCACAGACAUAGAUGACAAGAUAAUAAAAAGAGCCAAUGAGAUGAAUAUAUCGCCAGUAGCUCUUGCUCGUAUUUAUGAAGAAGACUUUAAGCGAGAUAUGGCUGCCUUACAGGUCCUUCCUCCUACAGUAUAUAUGAGAGUGACUGACAAUAUUCCUCAGAUAAUUUCCUUUAUAAAAACAAUAAUUGCUAGCGGACAAGCUUACGCGACCUCACAAGGCAAUGUUUAUUUUGAUGUUAAAUCUUGGGGAAAAAGAUACGGAGUAUUAACUACUAUUUAUCCUGAUACCCAAGAGGAAGCAGUUGAUACUGAUAAACGACAUGGUAGAGAUUUUGCCCUGUGGAAGGCUGCCAAACCUCAAGAGCUAUCUUGGACUUCUCCUUGGGGAAAAGGAAGACCUGGAUGGCACAUUGAGUGUUCCACAAUAUCAAGUGCAGUGUUUGGAAAGCAGCUGGACAUCCAUACUGGUGGAAUAGAUCUUGCGUUUCCUCAUCACGAAAAUGAAAUCGCACAGUGCGAGGUGUAUCAUCAGUGUGAGCAAUGGGGGAAUUACUUUUUGCAUUCUGGGCAUCUGCAUGUUAAAGGAAAUAAAGACAAAAUGUCGAAGUCAUUAAAAAAUUACAUUACAAUUAAGGAUUUCCUGAAGAAGUUUUCGUCGGAUCAAUUCAGGAUGUUUUGUUUGCGCAGCAGAUACAGCUCAGCAGUAGAAUUUAGCGAUGAGAGCAUGGAUGAUGCAAAGCACCUUCUUCAGGCGAUCUCCUUGUUUAUUAGAGAUGCAAAUGCAUAUAUAAAAGGACAGCUGAUAUGCGAGCCUGUUAGAGAAGACAUACUGUGGGAAAGGCUAGCCAACACAAAAGUAACCGUGAAGGCUGCGUUUGCAGAUGACUUUGACACCUCCAGGGCUGUUGCAGCAAUUAUGGACCUCAUUCACCAUGGCAACAGACAGCUUAAGGCUGUUACUAAGGAUGCUGGGUCUCCUAGAAGCUCUGUUGUGUAUGGAAGCAUUAUUUCCUAUAUAGAAGGCUUUUUUAAUGCCCUUGGGAUGUCCUUUGGAGAAAGACAGGUGGCUCUGGGAGGAGACAACUCUGCUGUGCUCUCUAACGUCAUCGAUGAGCUCGUAAGGUUCCGCGCGGAGGUCCGUCGUUACGCGCUCGCUCUGCCGGAGGCAGCAGACGCUGUGCCGACGGAGGAUGCCACGGGAGCCGAAGGACCAAAUCAAGAACAGAAGGAAAAGAGGCAGCAGUUAAUGCGGGAGAGAAAAACCCUCCUGGAGGCAUGUGACAGUCUGCGUGGAGACCUUGCUGCCUUUGGAAUCCACAUAAAGGACAGAGCCGCUGUUUCCACCUGGGAAAUGGAGGAAGGAUGGCAAGCAGAGCAGCGGACUGAGAAAAAAAGCUGA